CCUGUAAUUAACCGCCCUGAUCGUGAGCGCGGCGUAACGCGUAAGCUCAUGCAAGAAACGUGGACUCUUCACCAUCACCACGCGGUGGAGGAUAACUCAAACGAGCGUUCGCGUGCCUCAUCAGGCUUUCCAACUCCCAAAUGGCUCUUCCUAAUCAUCUUACGGAUGGGCGUCACUCUUCUCGGUCUAGCGUUCGGAUGCUUCACAAUAAUUCGGUCCAAUAUGCUCGUCCUGCGUCUGUGGCACCCCAUAAAACCCCAAGGGAGUCAUCAGUUGGACCGAAAACCUCCGGUGUUUCAUUGGAUUUAAUGGCUUACUUGCAGCGCAGUGGACCGUCGGUAGUGAAGACAAGAUCGGGCAGCGUAUUAUCUAGGGGGUUCAUUCUCAAGACAGAUUUCUAUCCAUCUGGUAGAGCCCUUGACCUUGAACUCAACGUCCAUGGAGCACCCAACUUCCGCGCUCCCAAACAAGGCGAUCUGAAUGUGUUUGGUGUUGCACAGCCUCGAACGCAAGGUUUAAGAGCUAUUCUGUCUGUUCUUCGUUGUCGGCCUGGGAUACCGGAUCCCUCUCAUGUCGUAUGGUUUUCUACGAGAGAAGAACCUAUUGUGUACAUAUCCGGUCGUCCUUUCGUUCUGCGCGAUGCUUCACAACCCAAGAAGACGCUAUCUAUCUCCGACCGUGCCGAGAACUUGGAAGGCAUCGAGCUUCGGUUGAAGAACGAUAUUCUCCAGGAAGCCGCGAAGUUUGGAGGGCUCUUGUUAACACACAACGAAAUGGCUUCCGACAGCGGCGAAGGCGCAAUCCUUCCGACGUGGACGGCGGUGGAUAAUAACAACGUGAGGACUCAGCGGGAGUUGUGGACACACAUGAAACAGGAAGGAUGGAAUGUCGACUAUUACCGAAUACCCAUCACUCCUGAUCGAGCAAUGGAGGACAAUUAUAUCGAUGCGUAUCUGAAUGUAAUUCAAGAAACAGAUCCGUUCAGAACCUCUCUGGUUUUCUCAUGUGGUAUGGGUGCCGUCAGGACCACUUAUGCGAUGGUAACAGCUUGUAUCGUAAGACGCAAGAAAGUAAUGGAAUUGGGAUGGCCGGACCCGUUUGGAAGCAGCAGUACGUUCAAUGCCAAUGGCACGAACUCGAAAGGAACGAAUACUCCUAUGUCCAGGUCGGAUACACCACUCGGAGUUCUAAAAUCUGGGAGCAUGACACCGAGUAACUCUCAAAUACAGUUGUCUUUAGAUCAAGCCUACGCUCAGCAGGAUAUGAGUCGAUCACUGUUGAAAUUAACUUACCUGCUCCAGCAAACCCUACCAGAAUCCACUUCUCUUUCUGCUAUCGAAUUGCUCAUGUCCAAUCCAACGUUGUUGGAUAACCUCAGGAAAGCACACAUGGGAAGCUAUGGAAUAAUCCUAAGCUUGUUGGGAUGCCUUGAGCAUGGAGUUCGCGCUAAAAAAUUGGCAGAUAAAGUUAUUGAUGCCAAUGAUCAUGUUCUAAAUCUCCGAGAGGAUAUCCUCAUUGCCCGCCUACGAUAUUCUUUGACUACAAUGGAAGAGGAGAAAGGUCAGGUGUUUUUUGAAAGAGCUGGCAAAGCUCUAGAGAAGUACUUCUUCGUUAUCGCAUUUGCAAGUUACGUCGAGAGUUCGGACGACUUCAGUCAAAGCUUCUCUGAUUGGCUCAAGACCCGUAUAGAAAUUUGGAAUCAAGUCAAAUUCCUCCGAAAGUCAAUCUAUAGUCACCGUUUGAACUUAUUUGCGCCCGUUAACGAUCUAUCCUUGUUAUCUCGGCGUGGUUCCGAGAGUCGUGCAUUGGUCCCGGGAAAGAGGAACGAUGUAGCCAUUGCAGGGGGUCAAAUCCUCGGAGAUGAGUACUCCACACAUGUCCUCAAAAAUCGUAGUGGCAUCAUCUUAAGAGAAGGCACCCUCCUCAAAUCCGACCAAUGGUUGCGUGAAUCUCACCGUGUUGAGAAUGGAGUUCGCGGCGCGAUCAACUUUAGACGAAAUCCUGGCACGAACAUUUAUGCGUUGGGUCAGCCCACUCUAGAAGCCAUUGAUGAAGUUGUUAGACGCGUGAAGCAAGAGCAUCCGCGUGCAAGAAGGGUUAUUUGGGUCACGUUGAGGGAAGAGCCUAUUGUCUAUGUCAAUGGUGCACCGUAUUGUUUGAGAAGGGAGAGUUUUUCUCUGAGGAAUAUGAAGGAUUAUGGCGGUAUUUCAUCUUCUAGAUUAGAGAUACUCGAAGAGAGGCUUAGAGACGAUAUUAUAUCCGAGCUUAAUACAUUUGGUGGACGGCUAUUGCUUCACACUGAGACCGAAGAUGGAACAGUAAUACCUGUUUGGGAAGACGUGCAGCCCUCAAAUGUCGUCGCUCCCAAGGACAUUAUGGAAUCACGUCGGGACGCCUGCGGGAUUGAGUUGGUCUAUGAUCGAAUCCCUAUAACAGCAGAAAACCCACCGGAUUCCACCGACCUCAGUGAAUUGAUUGAUCUGGUUUUACGCUCAUCGUUUGACACGCCCAUCGUCGUCAACUGUCAACUUGGGCGGGGAAGGAGUACGUUGGCGUCGAUCAUUUUGACCAUGAUACAACAAUGGUUAGCGAAACAUCGCCCGACUACACUACUGAAUGCGAAGGCCAAUAGAUCUUCGUUCGCCGAAAGUGAACAGCCUGUGGCACAAUGCCAUCAUUCGUAUCAAGUCAUAAACAAUUUGCUCCGUGUAAUACGCACGGGACCGAAAGUCAAGAAUGACGUCGACUCUGCGAUUGACCAGUGUGCUGUGGUGCAUAAUAUGAGGGAUUCAAUUGAGGAAUGUCGACUUCAAGCCGAGGAGGCUACAGAUGAUAAGAUUCGCAAGAAGCAUGCUGCCAGAGCAUUACAGAAUUUGCGACGAUACUUCGGAUUGAUAGUGUUUGGGGCUUAUCUUCAAUCUACUGAGCCCGAUACCAUGGAGGACUUUGAGACCAUCGAGUCGUUUGUUAAGAAACGGCCAGUUAUCAAGACCUUUGAGAAAGAGCUUAUUAGCACCGAGGGGCUCGAUGUCCUGAAGCCACUCGAACGUGCCGAAAUUGUAGAUGGUAUGGCACACCCUGACGAGGAGAAGCAAGUCGUCAUCAAUCGAUCUGGAACUAUUCUUUCUGCAUCUACGAUCCUGAAGAGUGACUUCUUCUCAAACUUGCAGAAAAUGACUUUGCCGGAGCGAAUUGAAGGGUCACCCAACUUCCGACGAGUACCACUUACAUUGAAACUUGUCGCAUCAGGGAGAUCAAGUCCUUCGGACGAGACUGAUUUCGUGGUAGGAGUGGAAGACGGGAAGAUGGUCUGUGGAAGUGGUAUGCCUACCGUGGAAGGGCUUAGACAGGCUCUUCGGAGAGUGGAUGCAGGCCCCGAUGGCAGCAAUCUCGUGUAUUGGACUUCCCUCCGAGAGGAGCCGGUUAUCUAUGUCGCUGGCAGACCCCACGUCUUGCGAUUAGUUGAUAGGCCCCUGGAGAAUGUGGAAGCUACCGGAGUUGCAACAAAUGUCGUUGAAGCUAUGGAGCGAAGUUUCAAGCAGGAUAUUAUCCUUGAACUUGACCGAGGAGGCGGGCGAAUUCUGUUGCACGACGAAGUGGAAGAACGACCAGGUGUCUUUUCGAUCAUUCCGAUAUGGGAAACAGUCAAACCGGAGGAUAUCUUGACGCCAAGAGAUGUCUUUGAACUGAUGACGAAGGAAGGAUUCAGGAUCGAUUAUGGUCGGGUGGCAAUCACUGAUGAGCAAGCGCCGCUACCUGAAGCCCUCUCUCUUCUGCUUGACCGAAUACGGUAUGGAUUACCGAAAGCGGGAGACUUCAUCUUUAAUUGCCAGAUGGGGAGGGGUCGUACUACAACUGGAAUGGUGACUGCUUGUUUGAUCUCGACGGCAAUGAAUUGGGAUGUACAGAGAAGCGAUUCAAACGUUUUGACAGAGAUUGAGGAUAAAGGUAAUACGUCAGGGGAGUUUGACACGAUGGAUGGACCGUCGGAGGAAGAAGCUUACCGGCAGGGAGAAUACAAGACGAUCCUACAACUGGUUGGCGUGCUUUCGCACGGGAAGGUUGCGAAAACAUUGACAGACCGAGCUGUUGAUUUGAUGCAGGAUGUGCAAAAUCUGAGGAAGGCUAUAUACGAUUAUAAACUCAAAGCAGAGGCAUGCGAAAAGGGCAGUAAGAAGGAAAUGCAAUUGAUGAACAUUACGGUGAAGUAUUUGUACCGUUACGGGACACUUAUCGUGUUUGCCAACUAUCUGAUUGAAAUGCGGGAGAGCAAGGGAAAAGAACUAACGUUCCCCGCCUGGCUAGAUGAACAUCGAGAGAUCACCAAACUGUUGGGGAGACGUUCGUUAGACUAGAGUUUUUUGCUGUAUAUUUUGUUUGUACUUUGAGUGUACUUUGAGUGUAGCAUAGGAUCGUAACUACGAGACAUGCACAGCCCCGAUAGCUGCUUGGUUACAUUACCUGUCACAAC